AAGUAAUUUGGUGGAGAUGGACAACGCAUCCUGGCAGCAGCGCGCACAAAUUAAGGACGAUGAAAUCGAAGUCAAUGCAACGGGCAGGUUUAUUAAGGGUUUCGUCUGGCCAAACAUAUCGAUCGAGUUCUAUCUGGAUAUCAGCAUGGUCAUCUCCCAUAUACUGUUCAUCGCCAUUACCAUCGCCAUAUCGCGCAAGUGCUUGCUCCUGCAGCUGGCAAGGACGGCAAAGCACGCCUUCUAUUGUGCCGUGGCUCAGGUGCUGUGCGUGAGCGAGGCUAUGAUGAUCCGGAAUGCGCUGAUGCACACGACCUUUGGCCUGCUGGGUUGUUUACUUGGCUUCUUUGGCGUUGGUACCGAAGUCCUGAGGAAGCAGACUCACUUUCGCAGCAAACAUGGUCGCUUUGGUCUGGCCGGAUGUUUGCUGCUCUUCGGGAGUUUCUUCACUGGAAUGUGGCUGCUGUUGCAGCAGCUGCGCAAUGAGUUCAGCAUCAGCUUGCUGUUUGGGCAUCGGGUGUGCGGACUCUUUUGCUUCAUGGCCACAAUGGGCACGCUGAUGUUUAGCUACAACACAGGAUUCAUGCAUCACAAUUGGCAGAAUAAUCACAUUGCUGUAUUUAAGUGCUGCACACUGAUGGCAAUGUUAGGCGCCGUCUGCUACGAGUAUAGAUAUUUUGCGGCAAGUAUUGCGGCACUGAUACCCAAUCAAAUUCUCGACGCGAUUUCAGUUUAUGAACGGGAUCGUCAUCUGGGAUAGCGGGCCGAAUUUACAGACUAACCGUAUUGCGGCUUAUCAUCAUUGAAAAGUUAUUCUCAUUUUGCAUUCGAGCGAGUUGAAAUGGGAGUAAUGAUGUCAUGCUCGAAGUCGACGACUUUUACUGCAGUACAGUCAAGAGUUCCUCCAAUUCAGCUUAAAUACUCAAUUUUACAUGCCAUAAACUCAAAAGAACACAACAGUUUAUUAAGAGCU